AUGGAUGGCUACUCGAGGGCGAGUGACCACUUCGUGGGCAUACAGUCCUCGACAACAAAAGGUGUCACGACAGCCAUUGAACGGCACUUCCUUUUCCUUUUCGUCCCAUUAAUGGACGGUAUGGCCGACCAGAAUGAGAGGGCGUUUCAGAAGCAGCCGACAAUUAAUUUGAACCGAAAGCCAGUGAUUGGUAAACAGAAAGUUCGCAAAAGUGUGCGAUAUGUCCGCAAUGUUGGCCUCGGAUUCAAGACUCCCCGCGACGCAUUGGAGGGCACGUACAUCGACAAGAAGUGUCCGUUCACUGGCAACGUUGCCAUUAGAGGUCGUAUUCUGCGAGGAGUUGUGGUGAAGAUGAAGAUGCAGAGGACUAUUGUCAUCCGCAGAGACUAUCUUCACUACAUCCGCAAAUACAACCGCUUCGAGAAACGACAUCGCAAUAUGUCUGUUCAUUUGUCGCCCUGUUUUAGGGACGUAGCACCGGGCGAUUCGGUGACAGUUGGCGAGUGUCGACCCCUCAGUAAGACUGUGCGCUUCAAUGUGUUGAAA